UUUUCCCGCGGUAGGAAUCCGAGCGAGCCGGGGCCUUCUCCGGAGCCGAUCCCGGCGAGCCGGGCAAGACCCAUCCCACGCCGAGUUUCCUCCGGGGAUCUCCUGCUCCCUCACCCUGCUCGGCGUCCUGAGUCAAACCAUGGAGCCAGCCUUCGGAGAGGUCAACCAGCUUGGCGGGGUCUUCGUCAACGGCCGCCCUUUGCCCAACGCCAUCCGGCUUCGGAUUGUGGAACUAGCUCAACUGGGCAUCCGACCGUGCGACAUCAGCCGGCAGCUGCGCGUCUCCCACGGCUGCGUCAGCAAGAUCCUGGCGCGCUACAAUGAGACCGGCUCCAUCUUACCCGGGGCCAUCGGAGGGAGCAAGCCGCGGGUCACCACGCCAACGGUAGUGAAGCACAUCCGGACUUACAAACAAAGGGAUCCGGGCAUUUUUGCUUGGGAGAUCCGGGACCGGCUGCUGGCCGACGGCGUGUGCGACAAGUACAACGUCCCUUCGGUCAGUUCCAUUAGCCGGAUUCUGCGCAACAAGAUUGGAAACCUUUCUCAGCAGAAUCACUACGAGCCUUACAAGCAGCACCAGGCAGCUCCGCAGCCGGCCCUGCCUUACAACCACAUCUACUCUUAUCCCAGCCCCAUCGCUGCAGCAGGUGCCAAGGUGCCUACCCCACCUGGCGUGCCAUCGAUCCACAGCGCCGUCCAUAUGCCUCGGACCUGGCCCUCCUCUCAUUCCGUCACUGACAUCUUGGGAAUUAGGUCCAUCACAGAUCAAGGCACCAAGCUGCCUUCCAACUGUCGGAAGCUUUGUCUCUGCACCAACAAUGACACCUUAUCCCGCAGCAGCCCAGGUGUCCCCUUAUAUGGCGUACAGUGCUGCUCCUUCUGGUUACGUAGGUAGUCACGGCUGGCAGCAUGCUGGGGGCAAUCCUCUUUCACCCCACAACUGUGAUAUUCCAGCUUCACUGGCUUUCAAGGGCAUGCAAGCAGCCAGAGAAGGUAGUCACUCCAUCACCG